UUAGUAUGGCAACACAGACACUUACAAUUUCUUGAUUACCUAAAUGUUGGAAUAAUGUUUGAUUUGCCCUGGUUAGAAAUAUAGAAUUACAAACAUAAUGUUUCUGUGAGUAUUUACUUGUAUUUUUAAACAGAGAAGCAUUAAUUUAUAUGAAAAUUGUAAUUCUGCUGUUCCGUUGGGAGUGUCGUGUAGAUGCGCUGACCUUCGUUUGGAUGCACAACGCACAACAAAGCAUCAAAUUGACGGCUGCCCCAUUUCCACAACAAAAUUAGUAUUUGGUAUUGGUUUAUGAGAAGUGAAAAAGUAUUAGAAAUGGUGAAAAUUAACAAAUAUCUAAAGCAACUAUAAUGAUGUACGUGUUCAUGGUCGACACGUAGAAAGUAUACGGCAAUGGAGAAACAACUACGACAACGAAAACCAUUUCCGAUGAUGUGUUUUACUGUCCACCAGCAAAGACUUUAUUUUCUUCUAGGAGAGAACUAGCGCUCUAGGAGAUAUAAAUAUUGGUUAUUUACUAUUAUAAUUAUCAACAUGAAUGAAAGGGAUAUACCAAGUGUCCCUAUUACAACAUUAGCAGGUGUAGCCAGCUUGACAGACUUAUUACCAGUGUUACCGCUACCGACACCAUUACCAUCUACAUUGAACAAUAAAUCGCAACUGUUUCACCCGAGAGUUGCAGAAGAGGCAGCCAUUUUACUUGCUACCCGAGAUGAUAACUUAGUUUCAUUACUGAUACAAUCCCUUAUGCAAACCUCUGUUCAACAUAUAGAUCUAAAAGAUGAAAGUAUUCCAAAUGCUGUCAGCCCUGCUCCACAACAAUCUACACCUGAACUACUCAAAGCCAUUCUAAGUGUUAAUCCCAAUGUGUUUGAUCAGCAACAAAGAAAUCACUGGAAUAACCAUUUACACACAGCCAAGUAUAAUGGAAUAUCACCUAAUGAUUCGUAUAAUUAUUCAGCACAUAACACUAUAAAUUCAAGUCCUUCGGCAAUCCAUUCAUCGACCAUUCCAAACCAGCAACUUCUAACGACACCUUGUCAAUCAUCUCCAAAUGUGAAUAUGGGAUCUCCCCCUUCACAAUCUAGGCCUGGUCAAGUGAAUAUUAAUGCUCAGAAUAAUGUAUCGCCUAUGUGGAAUAAUGCAAAUGCUUCUAAUGCCUAUUCGAGCUCAAUAUCAAACGCAUUGGUCCCAAACUCACAAAAUGGCGGUUUCUACAAUAGCUUAACACCAGACAAUACAAGUGUAACAAAUUUGACUGAGGACAAAGAUCCACUAUCUAUGUCACCAACAAAUACUUCUGACCAACCAAGAACUAUUUUACAGGCGCAAGAAAAAGCAUUCGGACAAGACGGCAAUGUAGUAACUGGUCAGUCGCCAGCACAAGCCAGUGUCGCUCCGUCGCCAUUGCGUCAAGAGCCCCAUGUGCCACAACCAUCCAUGGGAGCGCCAUAUGCACCGCCACAAGCUCAGUCAGACAAGCAAGACCCUACCAAAAGCACUAAAACUGCAAAUAACAGAUUCCCCGUUGUAAAAAUCGGGCGUCUAUCGGAAGGAAUAUUGAAAAAACAUGAAACAAUUAGCGAGGAUAGGUCCAGAAAAAAUAGUACAGUCGAGUCUGAUUCAGAUGAUAAUUUACCACUGAAAGCUAAAUCUGGUAAUGCUAACGUACCUGUAGACAAAGAAAGGGAAGCGAUAGAUAUAGCUCGUGAGAAAAACUGGGAAGCAGUGAAAAGGAAACAUGAAGAAGCUAGUAAAAAAGAGGAGGCUGAAGCUGCUAUUGUUCGCCCUAAAUUAAGAAAAGUGGAAAGAAGACUAGUUCCUGUACUGGAAAUGUUGUCUGUUGAUGAAUUAAUGGAGACAAAUACGUAUCAGCGUUUUAAUAAAUUAAUUGAAUCAGUAUUCGAAACUAUAGAUGACGAUGUUAUAAUCACUGAUGAAAUGGAGGGAACAGAUAUUCCAGAAGAUUUAUUAUUACAACGCUAUCAACUUCAAGAGCUGUGUUCUGAAGCAGCUAAACUUAAGAAUCUUGGUGCUAUGGAAGCAAUUCCUUCUGACAGAUUAGUUCGUUUGCUAAAUAUAUUGGAAAAAAAUAUUAGAGCUGCUGAAAAGAUGUCGUUGGUCGGAGAUCCGGAAGACAGUGAGGAAAUGCGACAGAUAUGGUUGGAGUCAGCUUUAGAAAGAGUGAUGUGCGCAUCGGACGCGUGUUUGACUGCUUUGUACAUAAUGACCUCACCCAGUAUGCCUAAACGCGUUUUUUUAGAAGACGUAAUAGAUAGAAUUAUAAUGUUCAUAAAAUUCCAGCUAAACAAUACAAUAUAUUGUGUUUACGAUCCUGUAUAUAGUAUUCAAACCACAUCUAAAAAGAAAGUGGACGGACGGAAGAGACGCGGCGGCGGGGCGAGCAAUCCUACCAGACGCGGCGGUAGUGGAGGGGGCGGGUCGACGCGCGCCGUGCGUGAACUGUACACGCACGCGCACGAGUCCGUCACAUUGUUAGCGGAGCUACUGGGCGCACACCACCUGACAGACACGACGGUGCUGCACGCCUCCACCGUGGGCGUCUCGCCGUUCUUUGUGGAGAAUGUGAGCGAACUACAGCUGUCCGCGCUCAAGCUCGUCACCACGAUAUUCACAAAGUACGAGCAACAUCGACGACUUUUAUUAGAGGAUAUUCUAGCAUCGAUAGCGCGUAUACCAAGCUCGAAGCAUAAUCUACGUUCAUUCCAGUUGAGUUCCGAUCAACACAUACAAAUGCUCACGGCACUAGUGCUUCAAUUGGUUCAGUGCGUAGUCACUUUACCUGAGUCCAUGUGCAAAUCUCAAGACAAAGACAAGGAACAUUCGGAAACGGAUAGCAAAAAACAAAUAGACAAGGAUCUGAUGAUAAUAUCGAAGUACGAGGCGGCGAUCAGCGUCGGCGGCACUUUCCUCACGUCGUUCCUGAACAAGUGCCGAAGCCGCUCGGAGGAGGUCGACUUCAGGCCCCUGUUCGAGAACUUCGUGCACGACCUGCUGACCACCGUCAAUAAACCCGAGUGGCCCGCCACUGAGCUACUGCUCAGUCUACUGGGGACGAUGCUGGUGAAGUACAUGUCGGACAAGUCAAUGGAGAUGCCGGUACGCGUGGCGUCGCUGGAAUAUCUAGGACUAGUAGCGGCACGAUUGCGGCGGGACAGCGUGCACUCGCGAGCUAAACUAGCCACCAUGGACGCCGUCGUGAGAGACAUACGGGCCGAGGAGGAGAAGGACGGCAACCAGACGCAGAACAUCACAUCCGGUCUCGAUGAAGAUGAAGAGAGAACUGAAUUUCUACAAAGAGUAUUACUAGAUUACUUGGCAAUAAAUGGGCAAAAAGAUCAAGCCUGGACUUGCGCGCGAUAUUUCUAUAUCACUCAGUGGUACAGGGAUCUAGUCGUGCAACCUAAAAGCACGUCGCCCACCAAGAAAACAAAAAAUAAAUCUAAGAAGAAGUACAAAGACGAGAGCAGCGAAGAGGAAUCGGACGCCGACGAAGACAGCGACGGCGGCGUGAAGGAGUCGAAGCACGACAAAAAACUUGCCAUGACUGCCAUUAUGUCAGCGGAGAAGUUCAAAACAAUCGAGAGGCGGAAGGCUUUCUUCCUGGAGAAAAUCCGGCCGUUCAGGUACCAAGGUGGUACGCAGGUGCAGGUGAUGCAAUCGUACAUCGACUACAGCGGAGCGGAGUUAAUAUCACAGUAUUUAGCUUCGAAGCGAUCGUUUUCGCAGAGUUUCGAUAGGUAUUUGAGGAAGAUUUUGGUGAUUCUGUGCGAGAACACAAUAGCGAUUCGGACCAAAGCUAUGAAGUGCUUAGCGAUGAUAGUGGAAGCGGAUCCAGCGGUGCUGGCUAGGCAGGACAUGCAGAUCGGCGUGAACCGUUCGUUCCUGGACCAGUCGACGGCGGUGCGCGAGGCUGCCGUGGACCUCGUCGGCAAGUUCGUCUUGAGCCGGCCCGACCUUAUCGACAAGUACUACGGAAUGCUCUCCAAUAGAAUACUUGACACAGGAGUAUCGGUUAGGAAACGAGUAAUAAAAAUUCUAAAGGACAUAUGCAUUGAAUGUCCCGAGUUCCCCAAGAUACCAGAAAUAUGUGUGAAGAUGAUAAGGCGGGUGAACGACGAGGAGGGCAUCAGGAAGCUGGUGAUGGAAGUGUUUCAGAACAUGUGGUUUAGUCCUUGUCAGAAUUCGACGAGGCUUAGUGCCCUCGAUAUGACCGCGGCCGCCGCUGACCCUCUCACCAGAAAAGUAUUGAACAUCACUGACGUAGUCAUAUCGUCAAGGGACAUGGGUUUAGAAUGGUUCCAGCAGUUACUCAUGAGUUUAUUCAAACCGAAAGAGGACAAAGAUGAUUCCACGAAAAUAAUUUAUCAACCACCCAAAUCGCUUUUAGUUGCUUGCCAACAAAUUGUAGACUGUCUUAUAGAAAAUUUACUGCAGUUGGAAGAGUCCAGUUCAGAAGGAUCUGCGUCAUCCCAACGCAUUUUAGCGUGCCUUUCAACAUUGCAUUUAUUUGCGAAAAUUAGGCCUCAAUUGCUAGUUAAUCACGCGUUAACAUUGCAACCGUACCUGAGUUUAAAAUGUCAAAAUCAAUUUGAGCAGCAGAUUAUGUCAACGGUAGCAUCGACGUUAGAACUAGUAGUGCCACUUAUGGAACACCCGAGUGAGGUGUUCCUCGCACAGUUGGAAGAGGAUGCUGUCAAGUUGAUCCUUCAGAGGGGUCAACUAGUUAUAGCGUCGUGUAUAGCGUGUCUUGCUGCCAUAGUGAACAAUUUAACGCACAAUUAUAAAUUAAUAAGGGAUGUUUUUAAUAAAUAUCAUGGUGUCCUUCUUCAAUGGAAGCACAGUUGGCAACGGAAUCCGGAAAUGACGCGGGCGCUACACAGUAGGCCUCACUUUCGGCGUGCACUUUUCAUAGUCGGUUUGCUGCUACGAUAUUUCGAUUUCACUGACGCCAAAGUCAUCGAAGGUUUACCGAAUGAUAUAAAGGAGCAAGUGUUCACCACAAUGAUGUUUUUCGUGGGUCUUGAAGACGAGGAUUUUGUAACGCACACGCUGAAAGCGCUCGGCUCCAUAUGCGUUAGGCACUACGAAUUUAUGCUGCGGCCGGAGCUCAAGGAGUUCUACCACCAGCUGCUCACUUCCGACCUAGCGCCCAUAGAGAUGAAGGCUGACGUGCUGCGGAACAUAGAAAUGUACUUACAAGAAGAAGAGCAAAGGAUGAUUAGACAAGAUAAAGAAUGGUCGAAGCGGUCGAAGCACGAGAACUUGAAGGAGAUGGGCGAUGUUUCGUCCGGCAUGGCGUCCACCGUGAUCCAGUUGUACCUGAAGGAGAUCCUGGGCUCGUUCCUGCACGGCAGCACCGUGGUGCGCUCCAGCGCCAUGAAAGUGGUGCAGCUGGUGCUGGCUCAGGGGCUCGUGCACCCCGUGCAGAUUGUUCCAUACUUGAUUUGUAUGAGUACAGACAUAGAAGUUACAGUAUCACAUACGGCAGACAAAAACCUACAAGACAUAGACAAAAAAUAUCCUGGAUUUAUACAUAUGAAAGCGCAGUUUGGCAUUAAAUUGUCGUAUCAGCUGCAGAAGAUAUUACAAGCCAGCAAGGAGGGAGACGUCAUACGAGGGUUUAGGAAAAAAGAUCAAGAUGAUUUACCGACAGCUCUAAAUGGAUUUCUGUAUUCAUUGCUACGUAACACGAGGCCGCAACGACGAGCAUUAGUGUUGUCGUUGCUGAAACAAUUUGACGACGUAUCCACUGCACCUCUAGAUCAAAUGUUGUACCUAGCAGAUAAUCUAAGUUAUUUCCCGUUUCAAGUUCAAGAUGAACCACUGUUCAUAAUACAUCACAUUGAUAUUAUAAUAUCCACAUCGGGAUCCAACUUAUUACAACAUUUUCGUGAGGGUCUUAUCAAAGAGAACACUACCGAAGAGAAGGAGCCACUGGAUGAGGAAGAAGACGACGAGGAGGCGGAGUCUUUGAUCGCUCGCCUGCCAGAAAGCACGCGCCCGCUGCGGGACGCGAUGCGGCAGGCGCGCGGUUGCUUACUGCUGCUCGUGCUCAAGCAGCAUCUUAAGCAAAUGUACGGCUUCACGGACGCUAAAAUCAACCAGUACUCGCCGUCGGAGAGCGUGAAAGUGUACGAGAAGGCGGUGUCACGACGGCACGCGCCCGCGUUCGAGCCUAAAGCGACGAUCGCACAGCUUCAAAAUGAUGACGAUGGCGACGAGCUCGACGACCGCGGCCGACGGCGGCUCGUCGACGACUACCUCGAGUUCAAACAGCUAAUGCUGAAAUUCGACCCCGAGGAAGAAGAGGACGAGGAAUUCAACCCGGGCGGGGCGAGCGGGAACACGGCCGCGGGCGCAGCACAAGCGGGCGCGGGCGCGGGGGCGGGGUCGGCAGCGGUGGCGGGAGAGGCGGGCGGUGGGGCUCCCCCGCCUACGUAGCCUCUCAUUCCCCGCCCACCCCCUGUACAUUACCCCCCCCCCCCGGCCCCCGCUCCCCGCCUCCGCUGAAACCGCGACCAUCUCAAUAACAUACUAAGUUAUAAUAAAAAAAAGAACUCGAUUUUGUUUUUAUAUUUAAAAAAAGUCUUGUGUGUAGAUAAUUUUUAUGAAGAAUAUAAAGUAUAUGUACCUAAUAUGACUUGGAUUAAUUCGUCGACGGUUUCUUGUUUUUUGUACGCGAUUUCGAGAGAUGCGCGUCGACGCGACGCCGUGUAACACUUUGUACAUACUGGGAUCUAUUGUAAUAUUGAUUAAAUAUUUAUGUUCACAUUAGAGGGUACUGCAAUAAAUUGCAUUUCUUAUGAAUAAGGAAAAAUUAAAGUUUAAAGGUUAGAUUUUUACAACA